AUGGCAUCUUCGAAACCUGGAAAUACACUCCCCUUGACGCGCGACUCUGUGUCUGCCGCCCGCGCUCUCAUUCAACCCCACAUUCACGACACGCCCGUCCUGACAAACACGACCCUGACCAACCUCGCGUCUACGCCUCAAAGUGCCGAUGCGCUCAAAGGGACACAAUGGGAAGGGAAAGCGCCGGCGAAGCCAAGGUUUAGACUUUUCUUCAAGUGUGAGAACUUCCAACGAAUUGGCGCAUUCAAAGUCCGCGGCGCGUUCCAUGCGACUAUGCGCCUGACCGAGCAGGAAGGACUAGAAGAGGCCCUCGCCCUCGCCGCCCGCACCUUCUCCAUCCCCGCCCACAUCGUCAUGCCCAGCAUAUCCACGCCCUCGAAGAUAUCAGGAACCCGCGCCCAAAACGCCACCCUCCACUUCUCUGGCUCUACGAGCGCCGAACGCGAAGCCGUCGUCGCAGACGUGAUAAAAAACACCGGUGCAACCCUAAUCCCACCCUACGACGACCCCAACAUAAUCCUUGGCCAAGGCACCAUGGCCCUAGAGAUACAAGAGCAAGUCGAGAAGCUACUCGAGGCGAACAAUGGCAAAUUAGACGCGGUAAUUGCGCCAUGUGGUGGUGGCGGAAUGCUAAGCGGUAUUGCUGUUGCGCUCAAAGACACUGGAAUACGCGUCUUUGGCGCUGAACCUAGUUUUCAGGGCGCGGAUGAUGCAAGACGGGGUGUGCAGGCUGGAUCCCGCGUCGAGAGCGUAAAGACACUUACCAUUGCUGAUGGGCUGCGUACACCGCUCGGCCACCACAACUGGGGUAUCGUGUCUGACCCUACUUUCGUCCAGGGCCUCUACGCUGUGACGGAGCAGAAUAUAAAGGAUGCGAUGAUGUUGGUGCUGGAGCGCAUGAAGUGCUUUGUGGAGCCGAGUGCUGUCGUGGGGCUGGCGACUGUACUGUAUAAUGAAGAUUUUAGAAACAUGGUGCAGAGGGAGGCUGGCGAAGAGGGGUGGAAUGUUGGUGUGGUGUUUAGUGGGGGGAAUACGACGAUUGAGGCUAUCACCAAGAUUUUUGCGGGUGUGGCGGAUGAGACGGCGGAGAGGCAGGAGGGCGUGCUUGGAAGCGAUGGCGCGAGGGUUGCUGAGAACGUAGCGGGUUAG